AUGGCACUCAGCUCGACGGUUAUCUGCCUCCUAGCAGGCCUCUCUCUCUUCAAUAUGGUGUGUGGGGAUGUGCGCGUGACCACGCAGCCGCUUAGGGCGGCCUCCUACCCCGCAGCCGGCUUUAAGCCAGCAAGACAGUUUGGCCUGCCGGCGCAGCCUAAGACCGCUCGCUUGGUGGACAACAGCGAGGCGCAGGAGGAUCUCGACGAUGCCGCCGAGGAGGUGGAUGUGGCGCGGCCCAAGGCAACUGUGCCAGGCCCAACUCCCGCUCCAGUACCAGCGUUCGCGGUGGCUCCCACCAUUACAUACUAUCCGGCCGGAGCUGUGACAUUCAUCAAGCCAGCUCCGUUUGCCAAGUUCAUCGCCGUUCCGCCCCACUUCUAUACCAAAUACUUCGGCUAGACUACAGAGAAAUAUAAUUAAAAUGCAUCAAAUGAUUAAAUUUGCAGUGUUCAAAUCAAUAAUUACAGAAUUUAAAUGUUUAUUAACAGGAAUAAGGCUUUCAAAUCAAAAACAAAACAAACUCUCCAUUUAUGGGUUUCUUGAAAAGACAAGAUUAUUAAAAAGAGUACCUAAGCAGAAUUUGUGUUUUACAGAUAUUAUAGAAAAAUGAACCCUGGGGGACUUUCAAAGUCUCAAAGUACUUUUCUUUUGAAUAAUUCAAAAUAUUUACCUUUUAAGUUUGAAUUUUACUUAUUAACUUCAUCGAAUUAUGGCAAUGCAAAAAGGAUUGAAAAUAAUAAAAAUUCAAGAACA